AUGUUUUGGCCGAGUUUUGGUAGCGAAAUCUAUUUGUGUCCGGAAGUGGGUGUGGGUUGGGUGGUGAAAGCUUCCCCGGUAGCCUGGAGGCUUAACGAGCCUCUAGGCUUAACCUACAGUAUUACCGGGGAAGCUUUCGCAAAAUCUGACGAUUUUGCGAAAGCGGCUCGAUUUUUUGCGAUUUUUGGUGAAAAUGGCUCGAUUUGA